AUGCCUCCAAAGAAGAAUAAGCAACAACAGCAACAGUCCAAGAAGAAGGACAAUGUCAAAGAUAAGACAUUUGGUAUGAAAAAUAAGAACAGAUCUACCAAGGUUCAAAAGUAUAUUAAACAAGUAGAACAACAAGGUAUGGAUCCUAUUAAGGAAGAUAUGAGACGUAGGAAAGCAGAGGAGAAGUUUAUGAGAGAAGCACAAGAAGCCGAAAGAAGACUGCUUUUUAAUAAUGUAUCUGAUCAAAGAGUUCGUGCUGGUGUGGAUCCAAAGACUGUGGUAUGUGCACUUUUCAAACUUGGUAAUUGUAAUAAAGGUUCUAAAUGUAAGUUUUCACAUGAUCUUAAUGUUGGUAGAAGAGUUGAAAAGAAGGAUUUAUAUCAAGAUGCAAGAAAUGAAAAAGAGCAAGAUACAAUGGAUAAUUGGGAUGAAGAAAAAUUGAGAAAAGUUAUUCUUUCAAAGCACGGUAAUCCAAAGACAACUACAGAUAAAGUUUGUAAAUAUUUCAUUGAGGCUGUCGAGAACGGGAAAUAUGGUUGGUUUUGGAUUUGUCCAAAUAAUGGUGAUAAAUGUAUGUAUAAACAUUCUUUACCUGAAGGUUUUGAAUUGAAGACUAAAGAGCAAAGAAGAUUAGAGAAAGAAGCCUUAGAAAAUCAACCAAAGAUUACAUUAGAAGAAUUUAUUGAAACUGAAAGAGGUUAUUUAGAUAAGACUAAAUUGACACCUAUCACUAUUGAAAAUUUUGCAGAAUGGAAGAAGAGUCAUAUUAUUGCUAAACUCAACGCUGAAAAGAAAUUAAAUGAAAAGAGGAAGCCUUGUGGUCGUGAAAUUAUACAAAAAAUGUCUAGUAAUGGUAGUAUCCUAAUGGAUGAACCUGUUGAUGAAUCAGAAAGUGAUAACUCUUUAGGAGCUGAAUCGGGAGAAGGUUCUGCUUGGGAUUUGACUGAAUUUACCGAUGCAUUGAGGGCUGCUGAUCACAAAGAUGAUAGUGGGGUUAAGGAUUAUGGUGAUGGGUCUAACCCAACGUUUGAAAUUAAGGCGCGUUAA